AUGAGAAAACGUGGUGAUUCAUCACCUACCACAUCGGAAUAUUCUGAUGUUACGAACCAACAGGAACAAAUCACAACCUCAUCAUCACCAAGAAUAGUACUCGAAGAGAUUAAUAAUGAUCACAUAAUUGUUGGGAAUUAUCAUCAUCAAUCUUCAAAGAUAUUUGCCAAAGUGGUAAAAUUGGAACAAUUGGUAAAACAAAUUCAUCAGAACAAGUAUUAUAUUAAACGUAUUAAAUUUGUGAAAGAUCAAAGUGAAGAAAUAGUUUUAAAUGAAAAUGAAAAGGAACAAUUUACUGAUUUGUUGAACAAAUUGAGAAGAUUGAUUCUUUCAUCACCCGAUCGUGAAUCACUAGAAGAAAAUGAAACUACUUUGGGUUGCAUUAAAGAUUCACUCAGGCAACACGUAUGGCCUCUUCUACUUCAUGAUCCAGAUCACUUGUGUAAGGAUAAACAAACAGUAUUUCACUUGACCAAGAAACUUGACAAGACUCACGAGCAGUAUGAACAAGUGGAAAAGGAUGUGGAGAGAUCUCUUUUCAAGUUCUUAGCUCCAUUCUUUGGAAGAUAUAACAAAUCUAUAGUCUAUGUAAAUACCUCGAAUGCAAGCAGUACUAGUAAUCUCUCUGGAGGAGUUUCGAAAAAUGUGGGUUCAAAAACAAUGAAUCUCGAACUCAAUUACAAGAGAAAAAACCUUAGUCUUGUUGUCAACUCUAUAUUACAAACUGAAAAGAAAUUAAAACAAAACGAAAUUUUGGAUGAGGAAUCACCGGAGAAGUUGGCAGAAAAAGUUGGUCAAUUAUAUUAUUUUCAAGGCUUUCACGAGAUUUGCUCAGUACUCUUAUUAACCUUCCAAGAUUCUCUAGAGACAACUUUUAGAUGUAGUUAUAGACUUGCUAUGAAUCAUUUUCAUGAUGCUAUGCAUUCUCUACAUUUGGAUGCCAUUAUGAAAAAGUGUAGAAUGAUUAUUAAAAUUUUGGAAAAGGAUGGGCACGACGAUAUUUGCCAAGUAUUGAGGAAGAGUGAUAUGGAUCAAGGACACUAUGCACUCAGUUGGAUCUUGACAUGGUUUGCUCAUGUCAUUGAUCAAGACUGCCACGAUAAGGAGGAUGAAACAGAAACAGUAAGCACUUCCAGCAAAAUUUUGAACGAAAAUUCAAUCAUGCCAACACUUUUCAUUGUGCAGACCCUGUUUGAUGUCUUCCUUGCUGUUGGUAAUCCAAUGUUUGUAGUUUAUGUAGCAGCCAGUGUUGUAAUUGAAAGAAAGGAAGAAUUAUUAAUCCUAAGAAAUGGAGGAUCUGUAGCAAGUGUGAGAGAAAAGUUAUCUGCAGCAUCUGGAGGUAGAACUGAAGUUGACUUCCCGUUCUCUGCAGACGAAGAUGAGGAAAAUUUGAACUAUGUGGAAUUUACUGUAGUAUUUGGAUUAUUAAACAGAUUCCCUAAAAAUGUUACUCUGAGGUGGAUUGAACGUGUCAUUGGAAGGGCUCUCUCAAUGUGGAAAGAGCACGACUAUAGAUCAUUAUUUGCUACAGAAAUUCCAAACGAUUCAUUCCCAUUCCCAUACAUGAAAGAAUGCGAACAUUUAACAGAAAAUUCUCCACCAGACUAUUGGAGAGAUGAGGAGGAGGAAAGAUUGAUACAGGAAGCCAAGAGGAAGGCUGCAUCAAAGCAUUCAGUAGUACCAGCAACUACCCUCAUUGUAGGUGGUAUUGCUUUGGCUAUAGCAGUUUAUAUUUCUGCUCAAUCAUGGUUUUUUCAGUCGAUACCCUUUAAAUAGGGUCAUUCCAAUAUUUUUGAGAAGGUUCGGUAAAUUAUUGAGAUGGAUAUUAGGAAUUGGAAUUAGUUGGAAAAGAUUUCUUUAACAAUUUUCAGUAAAUGAUUUCAGUCCAU